AUGGCCACUGAAUUACUAUAGGGGGAUUAUGAAUUCAAUGCUCCGCCAAGAAGGACAGGGAUGCCUUGUAACAUCAUGUGGGAUAAGAGAGUCAUUAGAGGGAAUACUUAUUCAAGUGUUUUGAAUAAAUCAGAGCCAACUAUGUAGACAACUAUAAAGAGGAUUCAAAACACUAAAGUAGUGACUGAGAAGAAGGAAGAUGAAACUAUCCAUAAUGAAGAAACACAAACAGACCCCAAUGUUGAAGAGUUAACUGACAAACCACCCCGACAUCUAAAAGAAACUUAAACAGAAUUCAUAAUCGAGAAAGUUGUACCUAGAUUGUACAUGAAAGAGAAGACAGGAAUAGACGAAGAAACUCAAGUGUGGGAUGAUGGAGAAUUGUUUAAUUUUGAAUAUGAAGCUGAGCCAAUUCUUUAGGUAUUAGUAAGAAAGACUUUGGAUUUAAGUCGAAUGGAAGUAUUAUAAGAAGAGGAGCUGAGAGAGAUGAAGGAGAAGUAAGAGCAUUAUUAAAAAUUAAAGCAAAUGGAAAUGGCUGAAUAGGAUAGGUUGGAGAAGAAAGAAUAACAGUUAUACAAUGAGAAUAUUAAACUAAAAUAACAAUUUCAUAAUUAAAAGUAGAGGGAUAUCAAGACACAUGAAAAAUUAGUCAGUCGAGCAUCAGCUAAGAAAUAUUUAUCUAAAUGUGUUAAUUUGGCAUUAUAACAAUUGGAACUUAGCGGAUAUUUUAGAGAUCCUGUUGAAAUAUAAUUAAUAUCUGAAUACUUACCUUGGAUUUAUUAAGAUGUGACAACUGAAUUAUUGAGUUCGAAUCAUAUCUUUGUUGAAUACAACUCAAUGUUGGAUAACAUUGAUGAUGACAUGUUUAAAUUACAUACUAAAACAUUAUCUUAAGAAAGAAGUCGAAGAUAAUAGAUACUAGAUGAAAGAGAAAGGCAAAGAAUUGCUAAAGAAGAGGCAGAUAAAUAAAGAAGAGAGAGAAGAAAAAUUAGAUUGGAAAAGGAAAGAAGGUAGAAAUUGAAAGAGACUGUUUAAGAAUAAUUGGUUACCAAGGGAGAGGAAAAGGAAUGGUUUAAUCUUAUAUCUGAUGUCGAUGGCUAUUAUCAAGGAACUAAUACUAUAGGUUAUCUGGGAGGUAUUAUUGGCUAAUUUGUUAUCAUUAUUAAUGCCUUACAACAAGUCGGAGAAUCUAUUGAAGAUAUAUCUGAAUUGAUUACCAAUUCUAUAGCUGCAUUACCAGAAGGAACCAUCAUUGAAGUUGGAUUAAGAGACUAAAUAGAUUAGAUGUUAGCUGAUAUUGAACCUGAAUUGACUCUAGGCAACUUACCUGAAUAAUUAACUUAAGGCAUAGAAAAUGCUAUCAAAUCUAAUAUUGUCUAUAGUUUAUAAUAGCAUUGGACUUCUUUCGAAUUUCUUCAAAAUAUUAAUCAAAUUGUUGAUUUGGUUAUUAAAAACCUAUUUGAAAAUAGAGCCAAGGUCAAAUGGUCAAAAAUUAAAGGUUAAGUAGACUUUUAAAAGAUUCCAUGUCUUGUCAAAUUGUAACCUGGAAUGGAAAGUCUUCGAUUUCAUCCAAAAUCAGGAAAAACCAGAGUUGAAAAAUCAGUAGAAGAAGAAGCCACUGAGGAAGAAAUAAUUAAUCCAUAAAACCUUGGUGAAGCAGUUGUUGAUACUAAGGCUACUGCAUUUAUACCUUAAAAUGAAGAAAUUUAAACUGCUGUCAUUCAUAAUGUUGCAGAAUUCCAUCUUAGAAAUUUAAUUAUACAAUAGAUUGGUGAAUAAGACAUUCCAUGGCUUGUAAAUUUCACUGAAAAGUGCUAAAAUUUAGAAACAUAAAUUAUCGAAACCCUAAAUCCUCAAUUACCUUAAUUGGAAGUUUAUUAAUAUUGA